AUGCCUCGCGCCUUCGCCGCAAUCGCCGUCGCGACGGCGUUCCACCUCCUCGCCGUGCUCCACGGCGCCUCCGCCGCGCGGCCGAUGGGAUGGCAGGCCGCGGUGGCAUCGUCCGGGACGACGACGUCGGCGCUGGCGCUGGCGCCGGCUGGGCAUCGAGAUCAUCAGCGGCGCGCGGCAGCGGCGGCGGCGGCCACCAGGGCCGGGAAGUGGCUGCCGUUCGCGGGCGUGCACCACCACCUGCCGUCGGCGGCGGCGUACUGGGCGCACAGGCCGGUGCCGUGGGUCGGGGCCGGCGACCUUGCGGGCGGCGCAGGCGCCGUGGAGGGCAGCGAGGGGGAGGAGGUCGUGCGGGAGCGGCCGGAGCGGGAACGCCGCCAGCGGCCGUCGUACGAGGGCGACGGGUCGACGACGACCACCAGGCAGGAGCAGCUCGCGAUGUGGGCGUCGCUGCUCAACCCCAAGGGGAAAGGGAGCGCGGCCACGGGCUGGAUGCCGGCGCCGGGAGCUGGUGGCGAGGUGGCCGACGACGAGCCGGCCAACGCGGUUGAAGGGGCGGAGGUGGAUGACUCGGUAGCCGACGGCGCGCGAGUCGGCCAGACCUAUUGGGGAAACAAUGGCAACUGA